AUGAAAUUGAAGGAGGUCCUCAAGUUUCGCAGGCGACAUCGGGACGGUGCAACUUUGGAGCAUCUGCGACAAGACAUCGACGUCGACGUGCACGUCUUAGAAUCGGAACUUUUGCUGGAGAAAUUAAAGACCGAUGCCUCGCGAGGUUUAUCCACGGCUAAGGCAAGAAACCUGCAAAGGGAGCAUGGAAUGAAUACAUUAACGCCGCCGAAGGAGACUCCGGAAAUCUUUAAACUCUUGCGCUGCCUGUGCGGGGGAUUCUCCCUUUUAAUUUGGGUGGGAGCAUUGUUAUGCUUCGGAAGUUACUUUUUGGAGAAACAUACUUAUGGAAUAGCUUCCGACGACCAUUUGUGGCUGGGAAUGGUGUUGAUCCUUCUGAUCCUGGUAACAGGGAUGUUCAGCUACUACCAGAACUCGAAGAGCUCAAAGAUCAUGGAGUCUUUCAAGGGGAUGUUGCCUGAGAAGACGAAAGUCCUCAGGGACGAGUACAUAAAGGAGCUGUAUGUCUCCGAGUUGGUCGUCGGGGACAUCGUCUUCCUCGAGACCGGUGACCGAGUUCCUGCUGACAUUAGGUUGCUGGAAUGUCAAGGUCUUAAGGUGGAUAACGCAUCCAUAACCGGGGAGUCCAUGCCGCUCCUGCGAUCCACGAAACCAUCGCCAGGGAGUUUCAUAGAAGCCGAGAAUAUAAUUUUCUUCUCUACAAACAUAGUCGAGGGUACUGCAAAAGGGGUAGUGGUCGCUUGCGGUGACCUAACCGUCAUGGGAAGAGUAGCAAAACUGACCUCGAGACUGAUUCCUCGACCUACCCCACUUUCACGGGAAAUCCAUCGAUUUAUGAUAUUAAUAUCCUGCUGGGCUGUCUUUCUGGGCGUCUUCUUCUUCGGAAUGUCGGUGGCCCUAGGAUACGGUUGGAUAGACUCGGUGAUUUUCCUCAUUGGCAUCAUAGUUGCCAAUGUGCCAGAGGGCCUUCUUGCCACUGUCACCGUUAGUCUGACCUUGACUGCCAAGCAAAUGGCCAACAAAAAUUGCCUCAUCAAGAACCUGGAAGCCAUCGAGACCCUUGGGUGCACGGCAGUCAUCUGUUCCGACAAAACAGGGACACUUACCCAAAAUAAAAUGACGGUACGUCAUGCGUGGUACAAUGGCCAGCUAAGAGAAAUAAUGGCGUCCGAUACGUGGAGCAAGUACGCCAAUAGUCGAGGGUUUCUAAAUUUGGCCAGAGUGGCGAGUUUGUGCAAUCGUGCAGAAUGGGCGCCAUUACCGGAUGGUUUACCUGUUCCACCUCUGAACAAGCGAAAAGUGCUUGGCGAUCCUUUGGAAAGUGCAUUACUUAAGUGCAUGGAGGUCCUCGUCAGAGGUGGUGCGCAUACCUUCAGGAAGGCUUACACCAAGGUUUUUGAGAUCCCGUUCAAUUCGACCGACAAAUUUCAGGCCGAUGUGCACCUGGGAAAGGAAAUGCAUUUAAUAUCGUUGAAGGGAGCACCCGAGAGCGUCCUCGAGCGAUGCUCGACGGUGGCCCAAGAUGGCGGCACGCGAGAACUGGACGAAGAAACCAAAAUGGCGUACACGGAAGCGUGCCACGUCCUGGCGAACAACGGCGAACGCGUUCUCGGAUUCGCCGAUCGUGUCCUGUCCUUCUCCACCUUUCCAAAGGGUUACGAGUUCAAGGCAGACCCUCCCAACUUUCCCCUGAACAACCUGCGGCUGGUGGGAUUAAUAUCCAUGAUGGACCCCCCGAGGCCGACUGUGCCCGACGCCGUGUACAAAUGUCGGUGUGCGGGAAUCAAGGUGAUCAUGGUGACAGGAGACCACCCUGACACUGCCAGGGCCAUCGCCAAGUACGUCGGUAUAGUCACCGAGGACCAUCAAAACGAGGCUACCAGGCACUCCAUUGUGGUAACUGGACCCGAACUUCGGGAUCUGCAACCGGGCCAGCUGGACAGCCUGAUCCGACAUUACCCUGAAAUUGUUUUCGCACGCACAUCACCGGUGCAGAAACUGCAGAUUGUAGAAAGCUGUCACAGGUUGCACCUCAUCACUGCAGUGACCGGCGAUGGGGUCAACGAUUCGCCGGCCCUGAAGAAGGCCGACAUCGGCGUCGCCAUGGGAGUCGCUGGCUCCGAUGUGAGUAGACAAGUUGCUGAUCUGAUUUUGUUGGACGACAACUUUGCGACUAUCGUAACGGGGAUUGAAGAAGGCAGAAGAGUCUUCGACAACCUGAAAUCCAGCAUCGCGUACACUCUUGCCAGCAAUGUUCCGGAAGUGACGCCAUUCCUUGCGUUCAUUGCCCUGGGAAUACCACUUCCGGUUGGCAUCAUAUGCAUUUUGUGCAUCGACGUCGGUACCGAUAUGUGGCCAGCAAUUUCCUUAGCAUACGAGAAAUCCGAGGGAGACAUAAUGCUGAGGAAGCCCAGAGUCCCGCACACGGACCAUCUCGUCAAUCGCAAAUUGAUCUUCAUGGCCUAUGGACAAAUUGGCAUAAUCGAAGCAGCAGCAGGAUUUUUCACCUAUUUCGUAAUCAUGGCAGAGUCCGGAUUCUUUCCUGGCAAACUGUUGGGGUUGAGGCCCUACUGGGAUAGUUCUGCUGUAAACGACCUCGAAGACAGCUACGGUCAGCAAUGGACCUACAAGCAACGCAAGAUCUUGGAACACACUUGCCACACCGCUUUCUUCGUCAGUAUCGUCAUCGUGCAGUGUGCAGAUGCUAUAAUUUGCAAAACUAGCAGGACUUCCAUAUUUCGCCAGGGAAUGAACAACUGGAUACUGAAUUUUGGAUUGAUCUUUGAGAUCGUCAUGGCUUCUGUCGUCUGUUACGCACCUUACAUGGAUGUGAUCCUGAAGACAUACCCCCUGCAUGGCGAGUGGUGGAUUCCGGGCAUACCUUUUGCCUGCUGGAUCUUGAUUUACGACGAACUAAGGAAAUGGUGGAUCAGGAAGCACCCCGGUGGAUGGUGGGACCGAGAAACCGCUUAUUAAUCGUUAUCAAUCAGUGUCAUCAAU